GGAAAAAACAUUACCGGAUGGUGUCACGUUCACCUUCGGUUGUGUUUUUGUUAUGACUUGAAGAUCAACAACAGCUAUUCAUAUAUUAGAUUUUAAUCCGUUUUCAUCGAUGAAGACUAAAAGGGAAGCCAGGAGGAAGCGGGGGAAUGUUGAUGCGGCUCGAGGACUUCCCCUCGUCCCGCUUGGUGGUGUUGGAUCAGGGCGAGAGUCGAACCCGUUCCUGAGGACUUUGGUGCUCUGAGAGUCAACGUACCUUCUCAGGAAAGUGGCUGGAUGAUGAUUGCGGCCUGGGUGUCUGACUCCUGGUGGAGGAAAACCCUGUAUGUGAGCGGAGGAGCGUUGCUCGCUGCUGCUGCUUAUAUCUUCUACGAGCUGCUAUCCAUCAAGAAGGAGCAGGAACUCGACUCUACAGACGCUAUCAUCCUCCACCAGUUCUCCCGACCGGUUCUUUCUCCGAGUCUUUAUCCGCUCUGCCUGAAGAUAGAGACCUACCUGAGAAUGGUGGACCUUCCUUAUCAGACUUACUUCGAUGGCCGCCUCUCUGCUCAGGGCAAAAUGCCGUGGAUCGAGUACAACCACGAACGCGUGUCUGGGACGGAGUUUAUCAUAGAAUUUCUGGAGAAGAAGCUGGGUGUGAGUCUCAAUAAGGGUCUGAGUGCAAAGGAAGAGGCCAUCGCUCACACCAUCACUAAAAUGGUAGAUGAACAUUUACAUUGGAUGAUAGCAUACUGUCAGUGGGUGGAGAAUGUGGAGGAGACUCGCCACAUGCUGGGUAUGUGUGAGCUGCUGCAGUGGAGUGUGUGUGAGUUGAACGGCAGCCUGGUAAAAAGGGAGAUGUACUGCCACGGCACUGGCCGCUUCAACACACACCUCAUCCACACACUGCUAGAGAAAGACCUGCGCACUCUCUCCACACUGCUGGGAGAUAAGAAGUACAUCAUGGGCUCUAAAGUGUCCAGUGUGGAUGCUGCAGUGUUUGGACAUCUUGCUCAGGUCAUGUGGACGCUAACGGGAUCCAGUCCAGAACAGCUCCUUAAAGGUGAGCUGCCGAACCUGGUACGUUACUGUGAGCGGAUCCGGCGGAAGUUCUGGCCCGAAUGGGUGCUAGAUUAUGAGGAAUUGUAUUCGGAGAUGUGUACGGAUUCUCCAAUGCAACACAGUCAGUUCUCCUGCGCUGACACACUGGACGAGAUGGACACUCUUUCACACAAACGUUCUCCAGACACAGAUUCCGGACGCUCUAUCUCCGACUCUGACAUCGAGGUGGACGAAUCGGGUGCUGAGCUGAAGGUCAAUGCUUGAAAGACAUUUUACGUGAGUGGAUUUUUUGCGGAGAGAAGAGGAGUUCCUGAUGCACACAUGCAAUUUAUAUCAUAGCUUUGUAUGUGUGUGUGGUGUGCGUGUGAUGUGCAUGUCACAAUGUUGUUGGUUUUUUAAAGCAUCAGGAUUGAAAUUCUUCUGUGAGGGUAAAUUCAAAGACAUUAUGGUCCCUAUAAUGGAAACCUGUCACUUAAACACAGUGGGCUCUGUGUAUGUGUGUACGAGUUUGUGUGUGUGUCCACAUGAGUGCACCAGGAUUUCCUGAAUACACUUCAUUCACUCAUUAUAUAGUGUGGACUGAGAUGCUGUACAUAUUUUGCAUCAGUUACUUGCUGAAGUAACUGAUGUGUGUUUCUUUCUAUCUUUCCUGCCAGUGACAAAAAGGUUUUAUCCCUUAACCAGUUAUUAGAAGUGUGUAUGUUUGAAUGUAUGUAUUUUUAAAUUGAUUGAUUGAUUGACUGAUUGUUUGAUUGUACAAAUGUGUGUCCUGUCUGUUAUUACCUAACUGUAAUAGAGGGAGAGCAUUUAAAUGAAAUUAUAACACACACACACACACACACACGGAGAGAGAGUGUGUCUUUAAAUUGUUCAGCUUUGCAAUUAUUUUUCAUAACCACGAGAUGGCGCUCAUUCUCCUGGUAUUCUGCCUUUAUAUACACUUUGUCACUUCAUAUUAAAUUCUUUUUUCAAACACUGCAGUCUAAUGUAAAUGUCCACUCCAUUUUCACUUUAAAACAGCUAAAAGUUUAUUUAGGAGACACAAUUAGAUGCACAAAAUCGCUUUAUUUUAUUGUUUUAAGAUUGAUAGCUUGCUAGUAAUCAGCUCACAAGUUAGCAAACAAACUCACGAUGUAUGAAAGUAGUACCUUAAACAAUAAACCUAAAAAUUAUUCUCAGAUCUAAAGCUGAAACAUAAACUGUAUUUACAAUAUUUUAACUACCAUACUAUUUGAAUCCCAUGGUCAUAGAUGCAACAUGCAACCUAGGUGGCACGUUAGCUAACUUGCUAACCUCAGAGAGCAGAUCAUUCAAAUUACCUGAACUCGAAAACCAGAAUGUACGUUUAUUUAUAGAUCAUAUAUCAAUCCAUUUAUUUAUUGAUUGGGUAGAUAAUGUGAUUAUUAUUAUUUUGCUAAAUCAUUUUGAACAUUUUUCAAGAUGCUGAGAUGAUAAUAAGAAGUGAACAGAUGUGAGUGGGUUUAUAGCUAAUGCUUAACAGUAGCUGAUGGAAACGCAACAGUUUAUAUUGAAAUAUACAACAUAAUAUAAUAUAAAAACAUAAAAAUAUAAUUUAAUAUACAGAAAUUCACGCCGUUGUAACGAUAAACGUGAAUGAUAACAGGCUAAAGAUUUUUUGAUGUCUUCCUC